AGUGAGGAUCUGCAUCUUCUAACUCAGCUUUUCCUGUCACCUGAAGUAAGAAAGCCCGUGAGGAACUGGCCAGAGGCAAGCAGGAUGUCUGAGCUGGAGAAGGUGCUGGUUGCCCUCCUUGAUGUCUUCCACCAGUACUCUGGAAGGGAAGGUGACAAGCACAAGCUGAAGAAGUCUGAACUGAAGGCCCUCAUCAACAGUGAGCUCUCCCACUUCCUGGAGGAAAUCAAAGAGCAGGAGGUUGUGGACAAAGUCAUGGAAACACUGGAUGAAGAUGGAGGAGAAUGUGACUUUCAGGAAUUUAUGGCCUUUAUUGCUAUGGUGACCACUGCCUGCCAUGAGUUCUUUGAACAUGAGUGAGAUAAAGACCCACGCUGUCCCUGCACCAGAGAUGAAGUUCAUAGCAGGAACCCAAGCACAAAGGCUUUCAGGCUUAUCAGACCCAAACUCUCCAGCCAUAUGUAGCUAAUUAGGAGGCUUGAUUUGCUAUGUGAAAAUUUGAAACUCCCUUCCCAAAGUCUGUUUUAAAUUGCUGCAACAUUGUGUCUGCUGUAGCAGCCAUUUGUAUAAGCUGACUGGUCCAAAGGACUGAGCAGUGUGUCAGUCGUAAAGCAUAUGCUAUACGGGCAGCCAUAGCUCUGCGGAACACUAACCCAGAAAGGACAAACCGAUCAACUACCAAAAGCAACCCUGCGAAGUAGCAGCCUAAAAUCGCAAAGCUUUGUACAGCACCUGAAAGGCUGUCCAGCCGUCUCCGGCAAAGAGCAUGGUCACAUUUAAAUCCUUUGCCUGGGGUGAGCUGUAUUAACUGACUAAAUAUUUGAUGUCACGAGUUCUAAAUGGAAAACAAUGUCUUACAAACCAAAUGCUGAUAUUUCACCUCAGAACUGACCAUCACUUUUUUAUAGUUAGUAGAAUCCUCCUUCUAGAAUGAUCCUCUACUGGUCCUGUGGGACAUGUGUGUAGAAGGAGCCUGCUCAGAACCUAAGACCAGGUUUAGGUUCUAUCUUUCCAGGUCAUUGCGCUGCAAGCAAUUUUGAUUACUGGCAUCCUCUGCUGUCUGUAAAGCAGGUGCCCAUGAAGCUGAGUGGCCUGUGAGUGGAGGGGACUGGAUGUGGAGGUCAGUCCUGACCUACUUCUGCCAAGAGCAUCUGGUCACUGCUCGCCCAGAGUCAAGAGACACAGGAGGCUGAUCUUGAUGCUUUUGAAAACUCACAUUCAAAUAAAUCAUGUUUCAAGCAAUUCAAGUGACAAAUAACAAAUUACAGAUAUUACAAGUUACUUCAAGGAAAACUCAAAUUAAUCAUAUUAACCUUUUUCCCAUUUACGUUUUUCAGUGGUGGUGUUGUUUGUUUUUAAGGAAACAGAUUUGGGAAGCAACCAAGCAGGGCAUCUGCAUUAAAUAAAAAGAACACUAUACUGA